AUGAUCCGCUCGGGCAGGCGGAAAUGUGUCCAGAUCAUUGGCAUUUCAUCGGUCAUCUGCGCCUUUUUCUUUUUAAUCACCGUCAUCUGGGAGCAGUCCGACGAGAUCCGAGCCAACCAGCCCCUUGAAACGUACGUCUCGCCAGGAAAGGCCACAUUUCAAGUCGUGGUCACUGGGGCGGAUGGCGACCGGGACAGUCGCACCAAAGAAUAUAAAGCGCCUGCGGGGCAAGCCUCAAUCGCUUCCGAUAAAAAGGUGUGCAAUGUGCCAAAGCUUGAUAUCAAUGGCGCUGAGGUUCGCCAUUUCUUCCACCCAUCCGGCUCGUUGAGAUGCACCGGAAAGCCGAAAAACUGGGCUUUCAUCAACAAGGCAGGGCGAUUUUCCCUGGUUUCUUCGAGAGCCGGUGCCGAGUGUAAAAUACAACCGUUCUACCGGGUUAAUGACGACAAGCUGAGAUAUGAUGAAUGGCGCGACAUCCGCUCCGGCGACACCUUGCCUACAGAUUUCGUGAAGGCCAAGUGUACCUUGGGCAAUGAUGCUUGGGAAGGUCUAUUGAUGUCUGUUGUUAGGAAUGAAGAGGCUGUUCAGCGCGCCAAGGAACGAAGCCAACCGGAUGAUUGGUCCGGGCUUGAUGUCUACUUCGUCAGCCUCGAUUCGGUAUCCCAAAUGACCUUCCGGCGGAAAUUGCCGAAAACUGUGGCUUACUUUGAGAAGAUUCUCGGAGGUGUCGUCCUGGAUGCGUACAAUAUCGUCGGCGACGGCACCCCACAGGCCUUCAUCCCAAUCCUCACCGCACAGACUGAAGAGGAGCUGCCUUUGACGAGGCAAGGAUUUUUAAAAACUUUUCAACGCUAUUUAGGAAACGUUUCGGCAACAAGGCCAAAAGAUGCGGCGAAUAUUGGCACUUUUACGUAUCGACUAAAGGGCUUCAAAGAUCAGCCAACCGAUCAUCUGACGCGCACCUAUUUCCAGGAGCAUGAGAAGUUCUAUGGAGUGACAACUUGUGCUGGGUCGUCCCCGAUAGCCACCAGCUGGUAUCGAUACUCAGAAGAGUUUAUGAAGACCUACAAAGAUCUGCCCCGCUUUUCGCUGAUGCAUCUCUCGAUGUAUUCCCAUGAUGAUAUCAACCAGGUUGGAACGUUAGACACUCUUAUCGAGGGGCAUCUGAAGGAAAUGCAUGAGAAUGGCCUUUUCGACAGGGCUUUGAUAAUUAUGAUGGCCGAUCAUGGACAUCGUUUUGCCGAGCUCAGGGGUACACAUCAGGGUCAGCUGGAAGAGCGCCUGCCCUUCUUUUCGUUUGCCAUGCCGAAGAGUUAUCGUGAAGGAAAGAUGAAGAAGGCUUGGGAGAAUCUGGUCAAUAAUAAGGAUAUUCUCUCGACGCCUUUUGAUAUCCACGCGACGCUUAUGGACGUGUUGCACAUGCCUUCCGAGUCCGAACUAACAACAGUGCAAGACGCGUCACAACGAUCUCUCUCACUCUUCAGACCACUACCAAUUGGAAGGAGUUGCGCACAGGCUGGUGUCGACAAUCAUUGGUGCACCUGUUUGAAUUGGGAAGAUGCGACAACAACUACUAAAGAUAAAGAGCUCACCCAACAAAUGGCUGUCGCCGUCGUUGACGUGAUCAACGCGCAAACGGAACCGGAAAGGAAACUCUGCGCUCCGCUACGUUUAAAAAAUCUCAUGUACGCACGGCGAAUGGUGCCGAACGAGGCGAUGCUCAAGUACAAAGCAGUGAAGGAUGCUGACGGAUUUGUGCCCGAUCUGUCCGGAACGACAAAAGCCGAUCUUCUCUUCUAUCAGCUCAAGCUCCGCACGACACCCGGUGACGCUGAAUACGAGGUUACGCUCCGCCACGAGGUAUCUUCCGAUAAGCUCUUCGUGGAUCUACAAUCCAUCAGCCAUCCUAACGCAUUUGGCGAUCGCCCGCACUGCAUCAUCGACAAAAACUACUUCCUAGCUACUUAUUGCGUCUGCUAUGACCGUGUC